AGUUCAGAAGUCUAAGGUUGGGACUGAUCUAGGGUUUGUGACUAUGCAGACUAUAAAUAUCAAUCUUUGAACAAAGACAGAGGCUUUUUCUACUCUUACCACUCCUCACUCUGCACUGCCACUCUUCAAUUCAAUCACACCGAUGGCCGUCACCUUCUCAGAUCUACACACCGAAGAGGGUAUCAAAUCCCUCGAUCAAUUCCUUUCUGGGAAAACCUAUAUUUCUGGGGAUCUAUUCACAAAGGAUGAUAUCAAAGUGUAUGCAGCUGUUUUGGAAAAGCCUGGGAACUCUUUCCCCAAUGCUGCCAAGUGGUACGAAGUUGUCUCUUCUCAUCUUGCCUCAAGCUUCCCUGGGAAGGCUCAAGGGGUUAGAUUCAGUGCUGUAGGUGCUCCAGCUGAAGCUGCACCUGCCAAAGCGGCUGCUGCUGAAGAAGAUGAUGAUGAUCUUGAUCUCUUUGGUGACGAGACAGAGGAGGAUAAGAAGGCAGCAGAGGAAAGGGAGGCUGCUAAAAAGUCUGCCAAGAAAAAAGAGAGUGGCAAGUCUUCUGUCCUACUCGAUGUUAAGCCUUGGGAUGAUGAGACCGACAUGAAGAAGCUGGAAGAGGCUGUCCGCAGUAUUGAGAUGCCUGGUUUAUUGUGGGGAGCAUCCAAACUGGUGCCAGUGGGAUAUGGAAUCAAGAAGUUGCAGAUCAUGAUGACUAUUGUGGAUGACCUUGUGUCUGUGGACACCCUCAUCGAAGAACGCCUUACAGUUGAACCAUGCAAUGAGUAUAUCCAAAGUUGUGACAUUGUUGCAUUCAACAAAAUUUAAGUUUUCUUGUUGGACUUUGAGUUUGGCCAUUUUCAAGCGGCUGAUAUGUUUGGUCUGUUUCGGUAGUGGUUUUGUUGCAAGAAUUGUGAGAAGGAAAAAAACAGAUAGAUAUAUCGAGUAUCCAUGUUAUGGUGUAACUUUGAAUAUUACUUAUUUAUUUAGAUAUUAAGAUAAAUGAACGAUGUUCUUGCAUUUAAUUGUUUAUAAGUUUCUCAACUCUAGUUUCAUUGAAUCUGCUUCUUCAGGGUGUGUAGCAUGAAACAGGUUUGGUUCUGACACGUUGUAACGAUUAUAUACUUUCUUUUUAA